AUGAAUCAAAACUUCAACUUCUCAAGUCUUCCUGAUUCCAACACAACCAGCAGCACAUUAGACACAGGGAGGCCCGUGGAGCUCACUCACCGCGCGGCCAAAGUGUGCAUCAUAGUGGUCCUGGGCGUGCUGAUAACUCUGGGGAAUAUUGCAGUUCUCCUGGUCAUCUCCUCUUCUGUCACCGGGUGGUCGAGAAACUCCCGGUACCUGCUGCUGUCCCUCACUGCUGCAGACUCGGCGUUUGGCCUGCUGGUCAUGCCCCUGAACCUGUGGGUGAGUCUGGUCAAGGACUACAAACAUGGCCCCGACGCGCUGUGUCACGUGGUAGCCUUCUGCAACGCCACCGUCUACUCCACCUGCAUGUACACACUGGCGACCAUCAGCCUGGAGAGAUACGUAGCCGUGUUUUACCCGCUCAAAGCAUGCGCCAUUUUGACAAGGAAAAGGACGUUGUUGCUCAUAGCCUUUUCGUGGUUCUUCCCCCCGUUCAUACUGCUCCCGAUCUCACUGCCAACAGACAUCAUUCAAGUGCACUUUUCUACAGCAUCACUGGUGUGCAAUCCCUCCUACUCCACAAAUGUCCUCUACUCCCUCAGCUUGACCACCAAGAGACAGCGCCUAAAACUGCGUAAAUAUGACUGUGCGCGCCGCAACAGGCCCAAUGUGGCGGCCAGGGUGCUGGUUCCGGUGAUGGCAGCCUACUACACGUGCUGGACACCAUGUAUGGCCGCUAUGAUCUACAAUGCAGUCUCUGGAAGGAGUGUACCGGAGUGGGCAGAAUUUGUUGUGGUGUGGCUGCCAACCUCCAAUGGCUUUCUCAACUGUAUCUUCUAUUUCUGGAUAAACCGAAGUUUCCGCAGGAAAUUCUACCUCAUACUGCAGAAGCUCAUCCUGGCCCUCUGCCCACAGCUGGCCCACAUCUUUGGGUGCUUCUCCACUUCCCAGAUUCAGUUUGUGUCAGACAUUUUUGAUAAUAAUAACAGUGUUCAUGGGCGUUCGGCCAGCGUAUCAUCCACCACCACGUUACUGUCUUUGGCUUAG